UUCGGAAACAUUGCAGAAAAAUGAGGGAACUAUUAAAACUAGAUCGGUUACCGUACGGAGCUCAGUGAGUUUCACUUUUUAGUCGGGUUAUUACAUCAUCGCGGUUAGUGCGUUGGCGCGAAAUUUAAAUAUGGCGAAAUUAGCAGUGUUUGAUUUUGAUCAUACGAUCGUGGAGGAAGAUUCAGAUGCGAUAAUAAUAUCAAAACUGAGAGAAAAACGGCCUCCACCGGAAUAUGAUUCCGGGACCCGGGAUUGGACACCCUAUAUGAGCGUUGUAUUCGAGCACGCGUUCUCCGCUGGCUUCCACCCAUCAGAAAUCUUGGACAGUAUUGCCAGUAUGCGUCCGAAUCCUGGUAUGCCGGAGCUGAUCACCACACUAGCGGAGCAGGGUUGGGACGUCGCAAUACUAACCGAUGCGAAUACAGUCUUCGUGAAUCAUUGGAUAAAGGCGAAUGAGCUGCAGGACGCGAUAACAACAAUAGUAACAAAUCGUGCUUUCUGGCAAAAUGAUCGGCUGUUCAUAGAGCCAUGCAUGCGUCAGACAUCUUGCCGUCUCUGUCCCUCGAACUUGUGCAAAUCGAUUGCGCUGGCGCAGCUUUGUAAGAACAAGAACUACACGCGUAUUGUGUACAGUGGCGAUGGGCGGAACGACUUCUGUCCGUCGACAAAGUUGCUUAGUAAUGGAACAGUAUUCCCGCGAAAAGGAUACCCUCUCGACGAGUUAAUAAAGAAGACUCUGGCAACACCGGAACCACAGAUUAAGGCCAAAGUUGUCCCCUGGAUUGACGCUUACACGAUUAUCAAUGAAUUGUUUCCGAAAUAAGUUUGACACUUACUUUUUGAGCCAUUCGUUCUAAGGGGUAGUAAGUAUGGUUGUAUUUGACGUGCGUAAGACUUACUUACCCUAAGAACAAUAUAAUUCCGAUAGAAUUUGCAAUAUGAGUGUUAGUUUUCUUUAGCAAAACGUUUUUGAUGAUAAUUUUAAUUUGAAAUGAGUUAUUUGUUUUUUAAAUAUGAAACCGCACAAAACCUAGAAAUAAUAGUGUGAAUUGUAAUUUUUAAGGGAAGGGUUAAUCUAGAAACAUUCUAGGAAUAUUUUAUAGCACUUAUAAUAUAAUAAGAAGUUUGUCUUAAAUAAAAAUAUCUUUUUUCAUAAAUAACACUUUUUUUAGACUACUAUACAAGUAUUUGUGUUAAACUGAUGUAAUGGUCUCUGCAUUUUAAAGGCCGCUAACGCACUCGCGAAGGAUGGCAUUGAGUGUUUAUGGGCGGUGUCACUUAACAUUAGAUGCGCCUCCUGUCCCUUUACCCUUAAUAACGGGCAUAAUGACCACUUUAGAGAAAAUUAACGAUUUACCAUUCCACUGACAGAGGUCUGUUGUUUAUGAAAAUAGUUGUUUUUAAUGAACGCACCUUUUAAUGUAUUAAUUGCUUUAAUUAAAACUCGAAUAUAUAAAUAAACGUCCAUCGCACUAAGCUUUAGUGAAAUGUUUUAAUAAAUGUUUGA